GAACAAAGACCCAAUUCUCCACAUCUUCUCCAUUGCAAUGUUCGUAUUAGUCGUUGCAAUUUUCACCAAUACUUGACUUGCUUAUUUGGGACUUGAACCCAAACUUACCAUCCUCACCACCGAAGUCCUUGACUACUCAAUUGAGUUGGAGAGACCAAUAGUAGAUUGGCAUGAAACCACAGAAUGCCUGGCUCAUUCAGGAACCCGCACUAUUCCAAAAAGCAAAUGGACUUUGCUAUAGGAAGCUUGCUGUCCCCCGUCAUUGUUGUGUUACUUUAAGUACAAGAAACCUAAUGUUUGGGAGCCUGAGACAGAAUUACCACGAUUUCGAGGGAGAUGGAUAGAAGAUCGUGCUUCUGUACUUCCUUAAUUAUAAUUGCUCGCAGUGGAGCAAUGACCAGAGGGUGCUGUGCUGCAACUGCGAGGUCUGUAGAUAGAGAGCAGUUUAUCACAACCCUUACAAGCAGUGGAAGCGACUGGCAGAAAUCAAUAUUUAUACUAACA